AGUCACAAGAUUCUGAGUAUCAUGCAGCACUCUGGAAUUCCUACAAAAACUCUUCAGAAGGGGUACGCUGCCCGCUACGCGGAAACGGCCGUGCAUCGGACUUUUCAGAUAAAAACGUUUAGUACAGAGUUGAAAAACCAUGUGAUGGUCAUGGAUUUUGUGAAGAGUAACUGGUUUCCCUCCCAGAGAAGAGCCAAAGUUUGCAUCAUCCGUAUGUGUCAAGGCUUGAAGACGGCUGAGCAGACGGCCAGCAGAUAUGAGAUCCACAGUCGACUCUUCUCAUCCCGCAAAGAUCAUUCUGCCUGGGAAAGAAAUGAAAGUCUUUCGAACACAGGAUUACGGGACAACCACUAUAGUACAAAGGAUCAAAUUGCCCUUAACGGUCUCCAGUCUGAUGUUACAGAGAAGAAACCUCACUUCACCGAGGAGACUCUGGCAUCGCAAAACACAAAAAUGAUUUCCUCCAUAGUCCUCUCCCAGCUGAUUGAUGAGAAUAAGUCAAGAGACCACGGGGCCGUGCUGCCCCUGCCGUGCGCGAUCUCUCGGCCUCCUGCACGUCACCUGAAGCAAUCUUUGGCUAAUCGCAGCGGAGUCAACAUUCACAGGGUGUUUGCUUUACUCCCCGGCAGAUUAGGAAUUCCGACACUGGCAGAUGAACGAGGACCUGAGAGAGAACUGCCGCCCAAAGAGGAGAACCCAUGUGGUGGCCCCCAGAAAGGGUUUGCAUCCAUCACCAUCACAGCCAGGCGCGUGGGCCCCCCGGCCAGCACCCUGGUGUGGGGGACUGUUGGGGGCCCGCUGUGUCCCAGGUGCAGGGCCCAGGACACCCUGCUCCAGGACCCCCCGGCUCUGGCCGACAGUGCCCACCCACAGCGGCACGUGGCGUUCUCCAGAAACGGCUCCGUGGUGAGGCUGCAGGUUCCUGAGGCCCACGCACGGCUGUGUGAGGGACGCGAGUACUGGGUCACCCAUGUGGACGACAGAGAGACCAGGUUUACAUCAGACGCCCCGCCGUCGGGAAAGGGCCCGCUGCUGUUCAGUUCCUGUGUCCACCUCGGGGUGUCCCGGCGGAGUCCGAAUUCAAUCUACUACUUAGAUAAGCCUCUCUCCGACCCCACUGAGCAGCCUCAGAUUGCCGGCCCCCCGAUGCACAGAUCCGUCCUGUCGCUCACCCUCAACUGCAGUUCCCACAGGUUGACAGCAGAGGGGGCAGAUGGCCUGGUGAACGGAGAGCCAAUAGGCAGCGCCCUGAAGCCGGAGCUCACCGAGGGAAGCCAGAGCCUCCUAGGCCGGCGCUGGAACCCAGGUGGACAAGAAAGCCGCUUGAGGGAAAACCCAUCGCUGGGGCAGGUGCAUUUGGAGACCGGCACGUGCCCUUGGAGCAGCGCCCCUCCGCUGGAAAACACAGAGUUUGCAGAUGUGGGAACCAACCAGAUCACUGUAAGAAAAGGGACAGAGGACCACGCGACGCAUUGUCACCCCAGCGGUCGUGCCAACCAGCUCUCCAUUCACAUUCCCGGCUGGAGUUACACGGCAGUAGACACGAAAGUAUUCCCUGGAAGCAGCAAGGAGCAAGGAGGAGCGCGUGUGACUCUGUCUGCUCCCCCAGUGCAACAGAAGCCCGCUAAACACUUCCUUCCCGAUGGGGACAGUUCUCCAGGUGAUCACUGUCAGUCUAGUGACCUUUCUGAGCCCACAGAGAGACGACAUCAAAGCUUCCUGAAACCCAGAAUCCCCUUUACUGGGUUUCUUGGCCCCGUACAAGAUGUACACGCAUCUCCACAGGAAGAUGAGGGUGCUCAGAUAGACAGAGAGCUCCUCACAGGAGACUACACCUGCUGUGACUUGGUGGUGAAAAUAAAGGAGUGUAAGAAGAGCGAGGACCCCACCACACCUGAGCCCUCGCCAGCGCCCCCCGAGGGGCCAGAGAGUCCCGCCCCAUGUGACGACUGCUCUGAGCCUCAGCAAACGCCUGCAAACUCCUUGACCUUACAGGAAGCGCUGGAAGUUCGUAAACCUCAGUUCAUUUCUCGCUCGCAAGAACGGCUGAAGAAGCUGGAACACAUGGCACAGCAGAGACGGGCACAGCGGAAGGAGAACCCGGGGCAGAAACAGAGCCUCCUUCCCGUCCGCGCCAACAAGAAGCAGUUCACCGUUCCCCACCCUCUUAGUGAUAACCUGUUCAAACCCAAAGAAAGGUGCAUUUCAGAGAAGGAGAUGCAUAUGCGAUCUAAAAGAAUUUAUAAUAACUUGCCGGAGGUUAAAAAGAAAAAAGAAGAACAAAGGAAAAGGUUGAUCUUACAGAGUAACAGACUCCGUGCUGAAGUCUUCAAAAAGCAAUUACUGGACCAGCUCCUUCAAAGGAACGCGGUCUAACCACAGGCUGCCCCGCUGACC